AUGCGCCUGCUGGUGACCACCCUCCCGCAUGGCCCGUUCGCGAGGAUGCACCUGGCCGACCUCCUGCGCAGCCGGGCCAAGGAGGUGGUGCCACCCCGCUACAAGCUGGUCUGCCAUGUGCUGCUGGGCCAGCGAGGCCAGCAGAGCCUGCUCGUGGCCAGCCGCACACUGUGGGACCCCCAGACCGACAGCUUCGCCUCGGCCACCUUCUCCAACGCCUCCCUCUUUGCCGUGGCCACAGUGCACGGGCUUUACUUUGAGUAG